AUGGGCUUCGCCGACCUUCUCACUGAUGCUGGUGCUGCCAUGCUGAACAGCUGGCUCACCACCCGCUCCUACAUCGUCGGCUCCACCCCUUCCCAGGCCGACGUUGCCACCUUCAAGGCUCUUCAGUCCGCUCCUGAUGCCGAGAAGUACCCCCACGCCGCCAGAUGGUACAAGCACAUCGCCUCUUACGAGAGCGACUUCGCCACCCUCCCCGGUGAUGCCUCCAAGUCCUACUCCGUCUACGGCCCUGAGGCCACUGAGCUCCCCGUGAACCCCGCCAAGGCCCCCGCCGCCGAGGAGGACGAGGAUGACGUCGACCUGUUCGGCUCUGACGACGAGGAGGAGGACGCUGAGGCUGCCCGCAUCCGUGAGGAGCGCCUUGCUGAGUACAAGAAGAAGAAGGACAACAAGCCCAAGCUCGCUGCCAAGUCUGUCGUCACUAUGGAUGUCAAGCCUUGGGAUGACGAGACUGACAUGGCUGCCCUCGAGGCUGGUGUCCGUGCCAUCGAGCACGACGGUCUUGUUUGGGGUGCCUCCAAGCUUGUUCCCGUCGGUUUCGGUAUCAAGAAGCUCCAGAUCAACCUCGUUGUCGAGGAUGAGAAGAUCAGCUUGUCUGAUCUCGAGGAGGAGAUUGCCGAGCUUGAGGACUACGUCCAGUCUGUGGACAUUGCUGCUAUGCAGAAGCUUGGGGCGGCGCUAACUUGUGAACCGUGCCUGCGUACCCGCCAGCUUCAAACUUACAACGCGAACGUCGACACGAGACGCGCCAGCCGCAGCAACACAACCAGCUCACAUUCGCUUGCCCAGGCUGAAGUACUUUUUGUCAAUAUGUACGGCGAUUUGGGCAACAAGUUGGUGCAACAUGCUAAACGAACCCAAAACCUUUCGCAUUUGCCAGCGUACCAAGCCGAGAUAGUACGCGCCGUUACGCGCGAAGUACGAGACCUAGAAAAAGAUGUGACGGAGGUUCUUGAACCUUUCCAGGGCUCUUUCGACCCAGCCGCCAACCAAGCGACAGCCUGCACAGUCCUUGUCAAUUAUCUCUCCAUGCGAAGGAAUAAGCGAUGCGUUCUUGCAUACCACCGAACUCGGACAGAUAAAUUGGAGGAGCUAGCAUGGAAGGGAGUCGAUGUGCUUGACCUGGCCGGGCAACAAGUACGAGGCAAUGCGGGAUCAUCAACGGGGGGCCCUAAUGGCAAUGCCGACGGUCCUACGAGCAGCCUUAGCCCGCAAGAGGAGGAGUAUGUGAGGCAGUACGGCGAUCUGUUGGCUGCCUACAAAGGGCAAUGGACGGACAUCGACUUGACGGGCAGCUUGGAGCCACCGCGAGACCUCUUCAUUGACGUGAGAGUCUUGAAGGAUGCAGGAGAGAUCCAGACCGAAUACGGCGCCAUCAACUUGACCAAGAACAGUCAAUUCUAUGUCAGACAGGGCGACGUGGAGCGGCUCAUAGCACAGGGUUAUCUCCAGAAACUCAGCUGA